AUGAACAGAGUUGCAAUUUUUUUCCUUGCACUGGUGGUUUCCGCUUGCAUUGCACAGAAAUGCAGCGUGGACAAGGAUUGCACUCCAGGGUUUAAAUGCAGUGCUGGGAGUUGCGCUGUGAAUCCUGCAUGCCCAAUGAGAAACCCGAAUGUUCCGGAAGGAUGCAAACUGGAUUUAAGCGUGGACGAGAAGAAUUGCCCGAAGCACAAAGUUGUUUGUUAA